UCGGCGAGCGGCGCUCCGCGGGUGCGGGGCUGCGCGGGCAGCGGCGGCAGCAGGGUUUGCCUGGGCUGGCCGAGCAUCCUCCGACUUGGAACUGUCCACCGGCGAGAGCUCCUGAACAUGAGCCUCCUGCCUCUCUACCUGCUCGGAUUGCUCCUCAGUAGCGGGCAAGCUUUACUUCAAGUAACAAUUUCACUUAGCAAAGUUGAGCUCAGUGUGGGUGAAUCCAAGUUCUUCACAUGUACAGCCAUUGGUGAGCCUGAAAACAUAGAUUGGUACAACCCACAAGGAGAGAAGAUUGUUUCUGGUCAGAGGGUGGUUGUUCAGAAGGAAGGUGUCCGCUCACGCCUUACCAUUUACAACGCAAACAUAGAAGAUGCUGGCAUAUACCGCUGCCAGGCAACAGAUGCUAAAGGACAAACUCAAGAAGCUACUGUAGUUUUGGAGAUUUAUCAAAAGCUCACUUUUCGGGACAUAGUAUCUCCACAAGAGUUCAGGCAGGGGGAAGAUGCAGAAGUUGUUUGCCGUGUUACGAGUUCACCUGCUCCCGUUGUCAGCUGGUUGUAUCGGAAUGAGGAAGUCACAACUAUUGCUGACAAUCGAUUUGCAAUAUUAGCAAACAAUAAUCUCCAAAUUCUUAAGAUCAAUAAAAGUGAUGAAGGAGUUUACAGAUGUGAAGGAAGAGUGGAAGCAAGAGGAGAAAUUGACUUUCGGGACAUAAUUGUUAUUGUGAAUGUCCCCCCUGCAAUCAUUCUGCUACAGAAAUCCUUCAAUGCCACAGCAGAUCGAGGAGAGGCAAUAACUUUGUUUUGCAGAGCCACAGGAUCACCUCCACCUGAGAUCAGUUGGUACAGGAAUGGCAAACUUAUUGAAGAAAACGAGAAAUAUGUCCUGAGAGGAAGCAAUACACAACUAACAAUAAGAGAUAUAAAAAAUAUCGAUGCAGGCCCUUAUAUCUGUAAUGCUAAAAACAAAGCAGGAAAUGACAAAAAGCAGACAGUCCUUCAAGUUUUUGUGCAGCCUCAAAUAAUACAACUUAAAAAUGAAACCACAUUUGAGAAUGGGAAAGCAACCCUCAUCUGUGAAGCAGAAGGAGAACCUGUUCCAGAGAUUACUUGGAAAAGGGCCAUUGAUGGAAUGACUUUCUCUGAAGGUGACAAGAGCCCAGAUGGCCGUAUAGAAGUCAAAGGGCAGCAUGGAAAGUCGUCACUGCAUAUUAAAGAUGUGAAGUUGUCAGAUUCAGGGAGAUAUGACUGUGAAGCGGCAAGUAGAAUUGGUGGGCACCAAAAGAGCAUGUACCUUGAUAUUGAAUAUGCUCCAAUGUUCGUGUCAAAUCAAACUGUGUAUUACUCUUGGGAAGGCAAUCCCAUCAAUAUAAGCUGUGAAGUGCUAGCAAAUCCAUCUGCCUCAGUUCAGUGGAAAAGAGGAAAAUUAGUUUUACCUGUAAAAAAUACAACUCAUUUGAAGACCUACAGUACAGGAAGAAAGCUGAUUCUAGAGAUUGCUCCCACAUCUGACAGUGAUUUUGGACGGUAUAAUUGUACAGCCACAAACAGAAUAGGAACAAGAUAUCAAGAGUAUACACUUGGUCAAGCUGAUGUGCCAUCAAAUCCGUACGGAGUACGAGUUUUAGAGCUGUCACAAACCACUGCCAAGGUUUCCUUCAAUAAGCCAGAUUCACAUGGAGGUGUUCCCAUUCACCACUACCAAGUGGAUGUGAAAGAGGUAGCCUCGGAAACCUGGAAAAUAGUUCGCUCCCAUGGAGUUCAAACUAUGGUUGUUCUGAGCAAUUUGGAACCAAAUACAACCUAUGAAAUCAAAGUAGCUGCCGUAAAUGGAAAAGGGCAAGGAGAGUACAGCAAAAUUGAGAUCUUUCAGACCUUACCUGUCCGGGAGCCAAGCCCCCCUUCAAUUCAUGGACAACCAGAGAGUGGCAAGAGUUUUAAACUUAGCAUAACUAAACAAGAUGAUGGAGGUGCCCCCAUACUGGAAUAUAUUGUCAAAUACAGAAGUAAAGAUAAGGAAGACCAGUGGCUAGAGAAAAAAGUACAGGGUAGUAGAGACCACAUCAUCUUAGAGCAUCUUCAGUGGACCAUGGGUUACGAAGUACAAAUUACAGCUGCCAACAGACUGGGUUAUUCUGAACCAACAUUGUAUGAAUUCAGCAUGCCACCAAAGCCCAACAUUAUUACAGACCGAUGCUGUGAAGCUACUAGACGUGAAAAUGGAGGCCAGUCCCUGCAGCUGAAUGCUGCUGUUUUCUCUCUCACUGUAGUCCUAAGGUUCUGGUGCAUGAUUUUAUACUGUUGAUGAUAAGGCAAGCAAUAUGCAUUCUUCCUGUCUCUCUAAAUUUUUUAUUUGUGGGAAGAUAAACACAGACCUUAUAAAAUUUGUACUUUUCUAUAGCUCUUCCAAAGUUUCCAUUCCUAAUCAAGAUUCUAAAUAUUGUAAUUACUUCAGUCUGUUCAUGCAAAAUUCUUCAUGGGGCUUUUUGGAUACCUGGUGAGUUUUGUGACAAAUUCAACAGAUGAUGCUUGACAGUCCAGUCGGAUAGAACGUGGAGAAUCUGACUUACUGAAUUUAAUCAAUGUGGUUUGAUUCUAUUUUCUCAACUAGAAUUUGAUUAUAAGAAAUUAAUGCAAGACCUUAUCAUUGUCAGUCACAUGGUUUUCCAGGUACACCACCAAUUCAGGAGAGUAUUUUCAUUUUGUACUAAUCCUUUGCAAAGAGUUGUCCUUUCUCUGGUUCCUGACACAAGGUACUUAAAACUUUAUGCUUAAUAAAAAUGGUUUAAGUCCAGGCUGAAUUGAGCUUUGAGAAACCUGGUCUAGUGGUAGGUGUCCCUGUCCACAGCAGAGGGUUGGAUGAUCUUUAAGGUCCUCAAAACCCAGGCCAUUCUGUGGUUCUGUGAAUACAGACAUGUUUUGUGCUUUCUAAUGGACUUUAACAAGCAUGUCUUCCCUAAACAAUUAUUUAUGAAUUGUUUUAGUUCUUAGUGUUUCAUUUCAAAUACUUUUUCUGUGCCUCUCCACUGACAUGCAUCAGCACAUAAAAUAGGUCCCUGCCCACCAAAGUCGCUUCUUGUGCCUGAAAAGGUGCCACAUUUCAUUUCAUGGCAUCUGUAGGACUUAGAAGCCCCAGGGAUUCAAUUUUGACCUGUAGUAAAAAUGGAAAAAACAUAUUUUCCUGUUUUAUAUAUUAAAAGCAUGGUUUAUGAGCUCUGCAGCAGUGUGUGUAAGACCUCAGGAAAAAAGAUUUAAUAAGAGUCCAUAUAUAUAUUUUAUUGCAUAAAUUUGAUUUUAAAAUUUAUGUAGUUGUCUAGGUUUAUGGUUCAUUCCUCUGUGGCAUACAGAAUAACCCAAGAAAGCAAUGCACUUUAAAAUGAAGGCAAAAUUAAAUAUUUAUUUUAAGAGAAUUCCCUUCAAAUUGUUACUUAAUAUAGCAAACAUGAUAAAUUAUAUGU